CGGUCGCCUUGCCGGUGUGCCGACGCCACUGCCGCCGCAACGGCACCACAACGGCAGUCGCCCGUCAGCAUUAGAUCGAGAAUAACGUGUGCGUUAUUCGACGUGUGUUCGCGUCCGCCGCGAACCGUGWAUGCGUUUUCUUUAGCCGAGUUUUAUCGUUCGUUUUUAUUAUUUUUAAACGUUUUUACAUUUAUGAAGUGGUUUUUAUUUCUUUUUGAACCAAUGACGAGAGGUUUUUUACUGUCACCGUUAAUUGAUCUUUUUUACUAAAACAUUUUCUAUUUGGUUUCUCGUGACCAGUUCGCGCAACAGUUACCUUCUUCAUGGGACUGGCCAAAAAAAUGGAAUGGCUAAAGUGGAUACGAAAAUAUUCUACAGGUAUCCUGGACACAAAAACUGGUAGCAUGGAAACGUUAAUUGAUUCAGCCAGUUCGAACUGUUCGAAGACCAUCAAUUACGCUUAUACCUCCUCGGUAAUUGCCGACGAUGAAUUCAUUAACGCCGCUGCUCCCCCACACCAGCGUCCAAUGUUGCCGCCGCCACCACCUACUUCACAAGUUUCGCCGUCUCCGCCACAGCUACCAAACGACGUAUACGACUGCUGCGUGUCGCUGGACGGUAUACCUAUCAAACAUGAGUUUCAGUACACCUUCUCCGACACCGACGGUCAAGGAAAAAUCACCAAACACGAUGUCGAAGGACUAGCUACGAAAAUACUCGAGUCCAUGUACGGUACGACGUUGAAAUUCUCUUCACGGGGCCAACGAACCGUCAAAGUGACGCUAAACAUCAGACAAUCGGUGGCGGUGGUCGUGGAUGGCUCAACGACGAGUACGUCGUACCGUGGACACCAAAAGAGCCGCGAGCGCAAGACCAAGUCGGAUAGACAUCGGGACAGGACAGACGCUACCGAAUACGGGGUUGUCGAAGAUUCAAUACUGUUGGAGCAGCCUGUCGAUUCUUCGGUGUACGAUGGUGUCAAGAGAUCCUGGUUGCCGCACCACAGAAGUGCCAAGCUGGGCGCACAGCGGUACAGGCGCGAACAACUGAUCGAAAUGGUACAAAGGAGCCUGGCGGAAAACUUGAGUUUUCAAAAUCAAAGAAAAUCCGAAAAGCCCACGGAGGUCGUUUAUCACAGACCACGGACGAAGCGUCGCCAGACCGCAGCUCCGCCGCCCAAGGUAGCGUGGAGCCCGUACGACUUUGAACCGGUAGCACACAUACCUUCGCACCAACAACACCACCACAAUCAGCAGCACCACCACCGACAGCACGAACACCUCAAGAACGUCAGAAGCCAGCAGCAGCAGCUGUACAGCAACUAUGUAACGGCCGAGGAGCACGGGGUCAAGUAUUCGUCUGGUCACUCGAAACAACACCACCGGGCCACCGCGGCGGUAGUCAGCGGUAGCAAACUGCAACAGUCGAAGGACGCGGCCACGGCCACCACUGCAGCAGCCGCCGCUCAAGAACAGGCUAAAAACAUCGAUCAUCAGCGGUACAAACGCGCCAAACUGGCGUCAAAGAAGAUCCAUCAUCACAUACACGAACACCAUCAUUAUCAUCACUACGACUAUUACAUCGUUUGACGACUCGGACAAAGAGUGUGUGAAAGAGAGAGAGAUAACAACUAAAAUUCCUUUUCAUCGUGUAUAUAUYAAUUGUCACAGCAUUAUCAUAUUAUACUGUUAGGUACCUGUAUACUUUUACAUGUUUAGUUAUAUUACGUAUUUGUGUUUUUACUAGCAUGUUGAUUGCGUUGCACUGGACCAACCGGUCGGCAAAAUUGGCAAAAAAAGCUAUUUUCCCCAAAACUAAAGAUUCUUUUUUUCCCCUAUCCAAUUGAAAAAGUUUUUACAAACAAUAAAACAAAAAUUAAAACAUUCUCGUUCGGUUGGACGCCUUGUUCGUAGGUGUAUAUAUAUAUUAUAUAUACAAUAUACAUUAUACAUGCACAGCGCCAACUAUAAUUUAUUAUUAUUAUUA